AUGGGCCCCUUGAUUGAGGCCGUGGCGGCGCCGAGGCCCCCUGCAGAGCGCCUGGUCACCGGUGAAGGUGACCCCCUGUGGUGCGAGGAGCAGCGCAGACAGCCCAGCACCAGCAGCAGCGGCGAGGCGUCCCCCAGGACCGCGCACGACCGCAGCGGCCAGCACUCUGCUGCGGGCGGCGGCGGCAACGCCGCCGCUGUGAAGAAACGGCGCAUCAG